AACUUUAAAAAUCGCAUUUGAUAUCAUCAUGCUUGCUCUUUCACACACACAAUAUAUAUAUAUAAACUAUGUGCCAUCCCUUUUUCUUUUUCUUUUUCCUGUUUUUGUGUGAACGAUAGAAAUGACUGAUAAAAUCGAGACUGAUACCAUUGAUCCUGAAAAAUUGGAACUAGAGGAUUCUAUCCCGUCAACAACGCCUUUUGUAAAAAGUGAGGCUGAAAAACGACUUUAUCGAAAGAUCAUAUGGCGGUUUAUGCCAUUGGCCUGCAUCAUUACUUUUUUACAGUGGAUUGAUAAAUAUACGUUGAACAUGUCUGCUGUGUUAGGUCUAAAAACAGAUGCACAUAUAGAUAGUACACAAUUCAAUUUCUUAGGAUCUUUAUUUUAUUUGGGUUAUCUUGUUUUCCAGAUUCCAAAUACAUAUCUAUUACAAAGAUUACCUAUUGGUAAAUACUUGGGUGGAUUAUUGAUGGUAUGGGGAGUGGUAUUAGCAUGUAUGUCCCAAGGUCGAGAUUUUUCUACAUUGGGUGGACUUCGAUUCGUCUUAGGUUUUUUUGAGGCAGGGUCCUAUCCAAGUGUCUUACUUCUUGUCGCCACUCUCUUUCGUCGUAGUGAACAUGCUACCAUGGUUGGUGCUUUAUGGAUUGCCAAUGGUCUUGCUAGUACAUUUGGUGGUUUGAUUGGUUAUGGUUCAGCUCAUCUAGUAGGUGUCAAUGGUUAUGAUGGAUGGCAAUGGAUCUUUAUUAUUUUUGGUAUCAUCACAGUCUUUGUUGGUAUCGUGACGUUUUUUUUCUUGAUCGAUCAUCCUCAUUCAAAAUUAUUAUCAUUGACAUCUGAAGAAGAAAAAAUAGUGAAUGAACGUAUCCGUGAUAAUGCAGCUGUACGUUCUAAACAAUUCCAAUGGCAUCAUAUUUGGGAAGCCAUCAAGGAACCUCGUUUAUGGUGUUUUUGUUUUGCUUCCAUGUUCAUGAUGAUCACCAAUGGAUUCUUCACCAUUUAUAGUUCGAUCAUUGUAGCCUCUUUUGGAUUUAGUGGUAUGAAUGCUGUUCUUUUACAAAUGCCAAAUGGUGCAAUUUCUGUCCUAGGUGUAUGUGCCGUGAUGUGGGCUAGUCGUCGGUUCAAUGAAAUCAUCUAUGUCGCCAUCACUGCUCUUCUUGUUUCUGCUCUAGGGAUUAUUAUCUUGAUGGCCAUUCCUAGUGGAAAAGUAAAGUUGUUAGGUACCAUUUUGAUUCAUGUCUAUGGAUCUGGUUAUUGUAUGUUGUUGACCGCCAUUGCCACUAAUGCAUCAGGUUAUACCAAGAAAAUCUUUUAUCAAGGUCUACAACUCGUCUUUUAUACUCUUGGCAAUUUUAUUGGUCCAUUUUUCAUGAAUGAUAACAGUGCACCUCGUUAUCUUGCUCCUCUAGGUGGUUAUCUUGCCUGUAAUCUACUUGCCUGUAUUUUAUUGUUUGUAGCACGAUUGGAGAUGAAGGCAGCUAAUCAACGUAAACGCGCACAGCCUGGAUUUAAAGAAGAUGAUCGUGAUAUCACGCUUGAUUUGACUGAUAAAGAAGAUCCUAAUUUUAUUUAUCGUCUUUAAUAUACUCUUUUUUUCUUUUUUAAUUCAAUCUAUCCAUGCUUCUAUACACUUUUUGUUUGCACUUCAUAUUUAAUAAAGUCAUAA